UUCACUUUUUGCAUGCGGUGCUUGCUCUGCUUACUUUUUGUCGUUGGAGAGGAAAACUCUUUGACAGCAAAUAAGAAGCGUGAACAGUCAACGCUUCAUCACCAUGAGCGUACCAGCCCGAAGAGUCCGUCUGAAACCGUGGCUUCUGGCGCAGGUGGACAGUGGAUGUUUCCCUGGUCUUCAUUGGCUCAGUGCGGACCGCCAACUCUUCCAGAUCCCUUGGAAACAUGCGACACGCCACACGCCAACAUGUGAAGAGGAAAACACCAUCUUCAAGGCGUGGGCCCUGGAAACAGGAAAAUUCCAGGAAGGUGUGGAUGAUCCCGACCCAGCCAAGUGGAAAGCCAACCUUCGUUGUGCGCUAAACAAAAGUCGAGAGUUCCAACUCAAGUUUGACGGCACCAAAGAGACACCGGCUGUAGCCUACAAAAUUUAUGAAGUUGUUUGCGGCGAUGCCACGGCUGACAACAAUGAAAUGCCAAAUCUGACAGAGCUGACAAUUGAUUCCAGGAUCAGUGACUCCGCCUCUUUCGUGCCUCUACCGCCUCCCCCCAGUGAUGUCAGCCAGUUUGGUGUGAAAACGUUUGGACUUCCUCAUCCUGUGUGCUGUGAGCAGGUAUUAGAUGAGGCCCCCAUAGAGUCCUGCUCUGUGGUCCAGGGUCAGGCAGACCCUCCAAACCUGCUCAGCAGCAUCCCAUUAACUGAUCUAGACCUGAAGUUCCAAUACCGCGGCCGAGCAAUGAGUUCUCUGACGGUCAGUAACCCUCAGGGCUGCCGGCUGUACUAUGGACAUCUGGAGCCCAACCCAGAGCAGGUGGACCUGUUUGGACCCAUUACCUUACAGCAGGUCCUGUUUCCGGGAACUUCUGAGAUCCUGAGCCAGAAGCAACGUGGAUUCACAGAGGCCCUGCUAAAUGUGAUGGAUCGGGGCCUGAUCCUAGAAAUCUGCCAGCAGGACAUCUACGCUAUCCGCCUCUGUCAGUGCAAGGUGUUCUGGUCUGGACCAGGCGUGCCUGAUCAUGGUCAACCCAAUCAGUUGGAGAGGGAGAGGAGGGUCCGGGUGUUCAGCCUCAACGACUUCCUGCAGGGACUCAUCUUAUACCAGAAAGGUGAAACGCAGAACGCCCCCCCCUUUGAGAUCUACUUCUGCUUUGGGGAGGACUGGCCCGACCAGAAACCCAAAGAGAAGAAGCUCAUUGUAGUUCAGGUGGUUCCUGUAGUGGCUCGGAUUCUAACAGAAAUGUUCUCUGGAGGAGACAGCUGGUCCAUUGACAGUAUCCGACUGCAGAUCUCCAAUCCAGAUGUGAAGGACCAGACAGUGGAGCAGUUUAAAGAGCUCCAGAGACUCAUCCACAGCCAACAUCUGCAGGCUCCCUGGACUCCCACUGUUCCCUAAAAAACAGGCGAAGCCCUCCAACCCAGUACAGAUCCGGACCGGGCUAAUGAGAACCAUCCAGGACAGUUCUACCGACUUAUCUUAGCAUGCUAACAGUAUUUGGGGCGUCACCAGACGAAACGCUACACGAGAUUGGUUCUACGAGAACAAGAUGACUGAACAUGACUUUUAAGAGGAAUGCAGUGAAACAUCUACUCAUUUCAUUUCUACUAUGGUCACGGGAUUUGAACAUGCAUACAAGUUACAUUGAAUACAGCAUAUCUUUCCACAUGUCCAAAAGGUGUUGUCUCAUCCCACCCACAUCUGGUGCAGUACAUUUAUUCACUUCCUGUAUUGCAUUGGGAUUUUUUUUAACACAAGUGAUAACCUAAUGCAGGGGUCAGCAACCCACGGCUCCAUUGCUGCACGUCGCUCUUCAGCCUCUUUGUCGUGGCUUCCUUUGCAAUGCUCAAGUAUUUUUUAACACCCGAAUUGGGAAAAUACCUAUCUUAGGAAUUAGUUUUUUUUUCACUUGACUUCCCUGCCCCUGAAUGAAUCCUGGCUGAAUUCUGACGAGUGAUUGGAUGAGCUCGAGCAAUGGAGGGGAAGCGGGUGUUUGGCUGGCUGCUUUGGUUGGGAUAUUAAAGGUCUCCCCCAAUGUGCUAAACUAACCAUGAAUCUACCCCCCCCCCCCCCACAGUUUUUAAUUCUGCAUGGACAGAUGCCUUUGUCUUCUCAGCUUCUCUGGCUUACAUUUAUGCUUCACUAUUUGCAAUUUGUAUUUUGCUGUUAAAACUGGUCAAAUUAAGAACUACUCAAACUUUCAAAAAUUUAUAAGAUAUAUUUUUUUAAUUAUGUUUUGCAGCUGCCGUCUAUUUUCCUUUAGUAAGCGUGGGGGCAAAACGGCUCUUUUGAUAGUAAAGGUUGCCGACCCCUGACCUAACGGAACAAUAUGGUGAUGUCAUUAUUAAGAUAAUCAUUAGUGUA